UGACUUCACGUUUAUCUCGCGAUGUUUCGUGGGCCGGUUUGACAGCAGGAAACAUGGCGGACCAACUGGGAAGGAAAUGGGACCGCUGCUUUGCCGAUACAGCCGUGAAAACAGCGACAGGCCUCGGUGUUGGCAUACUAUUCUCUCUCCUGUUCUUUAAACGUCGCACGUGGCCUGUGUCACUCGGUUCAGGUUUAGGACUGGGCAUGGGAUACGCCAACUGCCAGCAUGACUUGAAGUCCCCAUAUCUGAUUCACGGUCGCGUGGUUAAGGACCAAUAACUAAGGACUGAAGAUGAUUUCUCAUCAGUUUUUGCGUCCCUUGUUCUUUUCUGUCUCAGCACGAACAUCCAGUGAUGCACACAUUGUGUUUAUGAAAGGGCAGAAAGUGUAUAUUUAAUAAAGUCAUUGUGGAAAACUCA